AUGCCAUCUCCAUCUCCAUUUCCGCGCAUCCAGGCCUCCGCCAUCGACGGGCGUGCUUUGAACACACGGUACAAGCAAGCCCAGCUGCAUCGUCUGCAGUCAGCUCUUCUCCAGAACAUUGACGCCAUCAAGGCCGCUAUACAAACCGACAGCAACCAUGGCGCUCCCGAGGUUCAAGCAGAGAUUGUGCUCGCGCUGACGGAAAUCCGUACACAUUAUCUUUCUCUAAGCUUAGAGAAAGAUCUAGAGAACGAAUACCGCGUUGCCAAUGGGCAAGAUAACCCUGACGCCGCCAGGCCCGCAGGAUCGGGGAUCGCGUAUAUUUUGCCGAGCACGCAUACCAUGUUCUUUGGUAUCAUUGCGGCAGUAUCUGCAGCGAUCGUUGGGGGCUGUUGCAUUGUGCUCGAGUUGACGAGAACCACAAUGGCCCUCCCUCCUCUGCUUCGACAACUCCUAUCCGAAGCGCUUGAUGCAGAGACGUUCGCCAUCUCAGAGGACCGACCUGACGCAUCAUUCCUGGAAAAGGUGCUUGUGGUUGCGCAGACCGGCGUCCCUUCUCCAGCUAUCCCACAGUCCCUGCAGUCCCCGAUCAACUCCAAAACAGUUGCCAUCGUCGACCGCACAGCAGACAUCAAAUCUGCCGCCCAUUCGCUCGUCACAGCACGCUUUGCAUUCGGGGGGCGUUCGACCUACUGCCCGGAUAUUGUGCUCGUGCACGAGUUCGCCAUGAAGGCCUUUGUGGAGGCGAUCAUCCACCACUCAUCAAAGUACCUCUCCGGCGCUGAUGGCGUGGAAAGAGAGAACGCCGCUGUGUCGAAUCCGCGCCGAUCGAGUCCCGGCUUGUCGACUUUGGAUGCAGCGUACAAAGACCCCAGUGCCAGGGUCCUGGUUUCCGGCUCCGGCUGGGCUGUGGUCGAGGUGCAUGAUCGGCAGUCUGUCCUACUGCGGCGAAAGGAGAAGGUUGCUGAGAAAGUGCUCAUUCUUCAUCCCUUUACCAGCUUGGAUGAUGCGAUUGAUCUCUGUGCUGGGUCCGAAACCCUAGCGGCAACAUACGCCUUCGCUACGCCCGCGUCCGCCAAAUACCUUACCCAGUUCAUUGACGCGCAUGUCUCAUUCAUCAACCAUGUCCCGGUGGACGUGCUUAUCGGCCCAGCGUACCCAGUGAACUCCGCCGGCCGGGAAACAAGAUACAGCGCAUCUUCCUUCCAAGUCCCGCGCCCGCAAUUCGUUACCGAAAGCUCUACUGCACACUUGGCCCGUGCAAUUCUUGACGCUCCCGCUGGUGGUUCGAAGGCGUCAGUGAAGAUCUGGGAAGAAGCUCUCAGGCCGUUACCACCAACGGGACAGAAGACGGGCCCGAGAAUCGGGUUCUUUGAGAAGGGAAUCCUCACGGGGUUGGGGAUUACGCUUGUUUCUGUGUUGGGGGUUGUUGGGGCUGUGGGGUACUAUGGGGUGGUGUUUUUGAGGAGGGUUUAG